AUGUGCAAUCAAACCAAUUCUGUGCUGCCGUCACAAGAAUCGACACCACGGACCAAAAGCAGGAUCGCCACGUACUUGAGUGCGCAGCUCGCCCCGGAUGCUUUCCUGGAGGUGGAAUUGAUGCUCUUAGCAUUUGCAGCCGGCAUCAACGAUGCGACUACCUUCCCAGACUACCGUGUCUUCGCAUCAAAUCAGACGGGCAAUACAGCUUUGCUCGCUGUUGGAGCAUUGGGUCUCGCCCAGGAGACGGUGGACUUGAGAGAUGUUGGCUUCUCUCUCGGCUUAUUCGUCGUCGGUGGCACUCUGCUGGGGCAACUCGGUCAUCGAAGAGGUCGAACCAAGAGAUCAUGGUUGCUAUGCACCAAUAUAGUGCAGACCUUGUUCGUGUUUGCUGCAGCAGCGCUCAGACACUGGGUGUCCACCGAUAUCGACAAUUCCGCGCGGUUCGCUGUCAUUUGCCUGCUGGCAUUCGCUUCCGGGGGACAAGUCGCCAUGGCACGUACGGUGGAUGUGCCUGAAGUCACCACGGCGAUGGUGACAUCGGCGUACAUCGACCUGGUAACAGAUCGCGCUCUAUUUGCAGCCCGCAACCGUCCUCGCAAUCGCAGAGGAGUAUUUGUGCUGGCCUUACUGCUGGGAAGCUUUAUUGGAGCUGCAGCAUAUCGAGAAGUGAGUCCAGCAUUCGCUCUGCUGUUGGCUGGGUUGGUGAAGCUGGGG